UUCUGCACUGGGAAAUAUGCAAAACCCUGGUGCACAUGAAAACACAAACUUGCAGCCCCAGCUGCCUCCCGUGGAGCAGAGUUAUGGAGCUACGGCAGCACAUGUGAGACAAGGUUCAUCUGUGUCUGUGUCAGGAAAGGGUCCAGCAAAGAGAGAUUACAUGAUAGCUGCUGUGCUGUGCUAUGCAAAUUUAUUAAAUUUCAUGGACUGGUUCAUUGUACCAGGGAUCCUGCUAGAUAUACAGAAAUACUUCGAGCUUAGUGACGGGGAUACAGGUCUACUGCAAACAGUCUUCAUCUUGUGUUACAUGUUGGCUGCCCCCAUCUUUGGAUACCUCGGUGACCGGUACAAUAGGAAAAUCAUCCUUGGAGCUGGUAUUUUCUUCUGGUCAGGUGUAACAUUAGGCAGUUCAUUCAUCAGUGAAUCGUAUUACUGGAUAUUCUUUAUUUCACGAGGACUAGUUGGCAUUGGCACGGCCAGUUAUUCCACAGUAGCACCUACCAUCAUUGCAGACCUGUUUGAGGAAGGAAAAAGGACCACAAUGUUGUCUAUCUUCUAUAUCUUCAUUCCAGUGGGAAGUGGUCUUGGUUAUGUCCUGGCAGCUGGGAUGGCAGAUGUCACAGGUGACUGGCACUGGGCAUUCAGGGUAACUCCUUGCAUGGGAGGUCUAGCACUGGUUCUUCUGAUCCUCCUGGUCCCUUACAGGACCCAGAGAAGGACAGCAGCACACAGAGCACUGAGCAUCUCCGGCACGAUACGGGUAGCAGCUGAAAAACCAGGUGUACAGAGAACUGCCAAGACUACUUGGUGUCAAGAUGUCAUAUCACUUGCCAAGAAUUGGAGUUUUGUUUGGUCCUCACUGGGUCUGACUGCCAUGGCCUUUGUUACUGGAGCCCUGGGAAUGUGGAUGCCACAGUUUCUUUACAGGGCUCAGAUUGCCCAGGGCACUGUAUCACCAUGCCUCCAAAAAUCAAGCAAUUCAUCUAACAGCCUAAUAUUUGGAGGCAUCACCAUUGGGACAGGAAUCUUGGGUGUCAUUACUGGGGCAGAAGCUGCAAGAAGAUUAAGGAAGAUAAACAAUAAAGCUGAUCCUCUGAUCUGUGCCACAAGCAUGUUCAUUUCUGCUCUGUGCCUGUACAUAGCUCUGAUGGUGGCCGAGAAAAACAUCCUUUCCACAUUUAUUUUUAUUGCAUUUGGAGAAUUGUUUCUAUCUGUAAACUGGGCUGUUGUGACAGACAUACUGUUGUAUGUUGUGACACCAAGACGACAGUCUACAGCUAUUGCCCUGCAGAUUUUGGUGAGCCAUCUGCUGGGAGAUGCAGGCAGCCCGUAUCUCAUUGGGACUAUCUCCAAUGCUAUCCAGGCCAAGAACACUUGCUCAUUCCAGUGGAGUUUCUGGAGCCUGCAGUACAGCUUUGUAGUGUGCGCUUUUGUUGGUGUCUUUGGAGGAGGUUUUUUCCUCCUGACGUCUUUCUAUAUUGAGGAAGAUCGUAAAGAAGCGGAGAGACUUUGAGGUACCAGAAAUGAACGCUGUCUUUCAAGUGAAGAUUAACUCUGGGGCAAGAUUUGCAAAGAAGAAAAUAAUAUCCUCCCCUUUUUCUUUCCUUUUUGCUUAAUGAGAUACA